UUGCCUGGAAUGAGACAAAAGGAGUUGCUGAUUCGAUGGUACAUCGAUCAGCAGAACGAGAAAAAGAAGUACACUUCGCAAGAGCAAGUCAAACUCGAUAUCAAGAAACUCAGAGCCAUUAUUGAGAGUUUGGUAUGUAAAGAAGGCCACCUUAUAGUGUUAUCCAAUGAGCAAGAAGCAGAAGGUGAAGAACCAAGAAAAAGAGAUGAGAGGAUCUUGGCCGUUGCUCCCAACUAUGUGAUCGAGUGA